AGGUCUCCGGUGCUAGAACCGCGUCGGUCGUUUGGCGCGUAUUUGUUGACACGUGUUUCUCGUCGGAGUUCGGAAUUCAUCGCCUGUCGUCAGUUUCUAUCGUGGGGGGUGUAAUCGUGAUUCGCGCGCGACGAAUAGUGACGCAUUCCGGUGCAGUGACGAGUCUGAGGCACAGGUGAAUGGGGACCUUCGGCGAGUAAUGGACCGGGCUAGUGCGAAGGUGCCCUCGAUGCCGCCGCCACCACCGCCGCCGCCGAGCCACUUGCCGCCGUCUGGCAGUUGUGACUCGGCCGUGGCAUCCGUGCGGCACCCUUCGUUACCUAACAUCAUUUCCCCUGCACGACGUAACAACAGCUUCCGUCGACUCCUCAAGCGCCCUUUGUUGAAUUUUGGAAACUCUUCGGAAGUGUGUUAUUGA